AUGGCGACCAGAACCAGCCGAGCAGUUUUUGGCGACAUCACCAACGCGGGCGACUCGGUCGCCGCGCUCGCCGGCAAGAAGCCGCUCAAGUCGGAGCGCAAGGCCGACGAUGUCGACGCGCGGGACGCCUCGAACCCCCAGGCCGUCACCGAGUACGUGAAUGACAUGCGCGCCGCCGCGUCCGUUUUUUACCGGCUUUUCUUCGCCGCCGCGGCGCCCGCCGCCGUCACACUCACGCGCCGCCGCAAACACAGGUACGUCCACUUCCGGGAGAAGGAGCUGGAGACGAGCGUGAGCCCGACGUACAUGCGGCAGCAGGCGCACAUCAACGAGAAGAUGCGCGCGAUCCUCAUCGACUGGCUGGUCGAGGUGCACCUCAAGUUCAAGCUCGUGCCCGAGACGCUGUACCUCACGGUGAACCUCAUCGACCGCUACCUGCUCGGGUCGCCCGUCGAGCGGUCGAACCUGCAGCUCGUCGGCGUGUCGGCGCUGCUCCUCGCGAGCAAGUACGAGGAGAUCUACCCGCCGGAGCUCAAGGACCUGGUCUACAUCACGGACAAGGCCUACACGCAGGAGCAGAUCCUCGGCAUGGAGGAGAAGAUGGUCAAGGCGCUCAAAUACAAGAUGACGAUCGCCUCCGUCCGCGCGCCGCGUCCGAGGUUCGUUUUUCGGUGGCGGCGCCGCGGACGUGAGAUGACGACGCCGACGCGACGUGUUUCGUCGGCCCGCCAUCGACGCGAGACGUCGACGGCUCUGCGCCCACCCGCUCCGACGCGCGCAGGUCCACUGCUUCAUGAUGCGCUACCUCAAGGCGGGCCACGCGGACCGGCGCAUGGUCUGGCUCGCCUCCUACGUCGCGGAGCGCAUGCUCCAGGAGUACUCGAUGCUCAAGUACCUGCCCUCGAUGGUCGCCGCGUGCGCCGUCUACGUCGCGCGCAAGAACCUGGGCCGCAACGCGUGGAGCCCGACGCUGCUCCACUACGCGCAGUACCCCGAGAGCGACCUGCACGCCUGCCUCAAGGACAUGCACGGCGUCCUCCACUCGACGAAGGGCUCGCUCGCGGCCGUGAAGAAGAAGUACUCGUCGGAGAAGUACGGCACGGUCGCGACGAUGCCGCUCAAGGUCCUGGACUGAGCCGGCGACGGCUCUGUGUGUUCUAGUUCCGCCCCCACGAUUACGAUCCCAACAACAACCCCAACCUGGCCCGGCCCGCCGACGACAUUCGUCGCGCCGUCGUCUCCCGCGCCGCCGCCGCUUUCGAAGCUAAGCCUUCGUGUUACGACUCUCCACUAGUACGACGCCUCGCUUACGCGCGCCCCGGAGCGUCGUCGCGCC